AUGAAGACUGAAACUGCUGAAAACGAUGGGCCAGGAGAUGUCCCCCAGACUCCCGCCAAGGGUGCCACCCCGUUCAAGUCGCCGUACAUGGGUGCUACUUAUAAGCUCGAGUUUGCCAACAAGCUGGUCAUCAAGGUCCCACGGGGUGUCAUUGAUAGACAUUCAGCCUUUGCCGUACACUUCGCCGACCGUCGCAUCGACCUCACCGAGAUGAACGAGAGCCAAGCCCACAUCCUCAUCCAUUACCUCUACACUGGAAGCUACCAACCCCUAGAGUUUGAAGCGGAAACUCUAGAGGAGAAACAAGUCAAGGCCUUUGCCGUCAGCCUCUGGGUCUAUGCUGCCGCUGUUGAAUACGACCUCGAGCACCUCGCUGUCCUCGCCUCCCUCGAGCUCACCAAGCUAGGCGAGGGCAUGACUUUUAUAGAUAUCCUCGGAAUCAUCAGACAAGAGGAGUUUGAACUGGGGGGGCACGAGACCUGGCUUGCCGGGUACCUGGUCAAGCGUGCCCAAAGGUUGGAGCCAGUCAGUCACGAUUAUGCACAGUCUCUCCGGGAGAGUAUUGGCGAGAAGCGAACUCUUAUCGACAUUCUAGUUGAGACGAUUGUUAACUUGAAGCUUGAGGUCCAGCUGCUGAAGAACUUGCUUCAGAAUGCGCGUACCCGAGGUUGA